CAGCCUGGCACCAGUGGAGGGCCGGACCAGACCGGCAAUUCAUUGCCACACACCCCUUCCUUUAGCCUCUGCUGCUUCGCCUCACGGGGGGACGCCCACGCUGCUUCUCUUCUUCCAAAGAUGCCCCGUUAUGAGCUGGCUUUGAUCCUCAAAGCCAUGCAGAGGCCUGAGACAGCUGCAACACUGAAACGCACAGUGGAAGCUUUGAUGGAGAGAGGAGCAGUGGUGAGGAAUUUGGAAAACCUGGGGGAAAGAGCGCUGCCGUACAGAAUCUCAAAGCACAAUGAAGAUCACACCAGAGGAGGGUAUUUUUUGGUAGACUUUGAUUCUCCAUCAACAAUUGUUUCAGCCAUGCUAGAGCAUUUAGGACGUGACAUCGAUGUCGUCAGAUCUACUAUUUUAAAGCAUCAUGUGGUAAAGAUGGAAGAAUGUAUGGGCAUAAUCCCAGACAACAUUGAAGAUAAACUAACUUAUAAGAAGAAAUAAAUGACUGAAAGCCAUGGAGACAUUGUUGUUACUAAUGUGAAUCAAGUUGUAAGCAUCAACAAUUUACACAGAGUAAAUAUGUACUAAUCACAGUACGUGUGGAGCAUGGCAUGCUGUUUCAACAUAUACACACUUGUUUACAAAUAAGUCCAAUUGAAGAAAGUUGAAGAAAAAAUGUACAUUGUACACAUAAGCAACAGCAAUGUUCUUCUGUCGUGUAAAUGCUUUAUAAUGGUAUCUGGACAUUUGUUAAUGAAUGUAAUAAAAUUACAAAGAGAACACUUACAGACUGAUUUAUAAAGGAAUCUAAAAGGGGACAAAAAUGGCAUACAGCUUACGUUCUUUAGCAUGCUGUUCCUCAGUUUCAGGGCAAAUAAACUUUAAACGUUUUUUAAAAUGAUAUGAAUAUAUAAAAAAAGUACAUUAUAAUUUUGGUUUUUAUUUUACUUUUUUCAAAAUAGAGCCAGAUAAUAUCUUGCCAUUUUUUCCCUAAUAUAUUUCUAAAUGUAACUUCUACUGGCUUCUCCUUUCCUCUUACUACAAUGGAUGGAUAAGCUUGAUAGUUCUGAUUCUCCCUCAUCUGCUCCCUUAAAAGGCAUCUUCUGUGAACGGAUAGAUUCAAUAAAGCCUUGGCAGUUUCCUCAU